UGUGUGUGUAUGCGCGCGCGUGUGUCUGUGUGUGUGUGUGUCGGUGUAUGUGUGUAUGUGUGUGUGGACCAGCAGCCAACACACACUUAACAUUCGUUCGCAACAUGGCGUUGAAGCGCCGAGAGACACGACGGCUCUCCCCAAAAUAAUGCGAGCGCGUUGUUAGGAGCGGCCGGGGGAGAGUGAACCAAAGAGGGCGAAACAUUCACGGAGACUCCUUUACGCACCGCCGGAGACAAUAGCGGAUUCCAACAUAUGCAUGUCGCUAUAACGGUAUAGCGGGUUGUAUAGACGCACGCUGCUACCCCACUGGUGGAAAUCAAAGGCUGUACAUGGCGGUGGAGAGUACUAUUUUGCUGUUCUGCCUUCUUUCGCUGUUCUGUGGUCCAUCCAAGCAAGAAAAGCCUGUUUCGGUGGAGCUGAGCUGUGGUGCUGGGCCCAGCCAUGUAGUGUUGGAGCCAGGUUUGCCCCUCUUGCUGGACUGCAACCUGGGGGCCAGCGACGCACCUUUCAACAUCACCUGGCACAAGGAUGGCCAGCCGCUGCCUCUGGAGGGGGGUGACUACCUGCAGUAUUUGGUCAAUGGAUCCCUCCUGCUGUUGCCCACCUCUCAGGACGGCCAGGCUGCUCCGGGCGUGGAGGGCGGAUACAGCUGUGUGAGUGCCAGCGCCCUCGGAGCACUGACCAGCCGGACUGUAAACGUGCUCCUAGCAAGUCUGUCUAAGUUCCAUCAGGAGCCAUCACCUCAAACUGUGCCCACUGGGGGUGUUGCCCGCUUCGAGUGUCAGAUUGAUGGAGUACCCACACCUGUUAUUACCUGGGAAAAGGACAAAGAGGCUGUGCCUGAGGAGACAAGGUUCAUUUCCCUUCCUAACGGGGUGCUCCAGAUUCUGGAGGUGACCAAGGAGGAUGAGGGCGUCUACCGCUGCGUUGCGUCCAAUUCUGCCCGGAAGCACAUCAGUCAUGAAGCCAGGCUCAAAGUCUCUACAGGCUCUACUGAAGCCCCGAACACAGUUGUGAUUGUGGCUCCACCUCAGAAUGCCACAGUUGUGCUUGGCCAUCCUGCCGUGAUGGAGUGUAUGGCACAAGGCCAGCCAAAACCACUGGUAUCCUGGAGCAGACAAGAUGGAAAGCCCAUUUCCACUGAUGUGGUUGUCCUCGCAACAAACCUGGUGAUUAGGGACACGAGGCGUCACCAUGCCGGUGUCUACGUCUGCCGGGCCAACAAGCCCAAGACCAGAGAGUUUGUCAUUGCUGCCGCUGAGCUGCAUGUUCCUGCCCCUCCAGUGAUUCUUCAGCCCCCAGAGACGGUGUCGCUCGCUCGGGGAUACACAGUCCGGUUUCUGUGCAACAGCUCUGGGGACCCUCCUCCAGUGUUGCACUGGCUGAAGAAUGGCCAGCCGAUCAAGUCAUUCAGACGAGUGAAGACCCAAAAGCCUGGAGUCCUGCUCAUCAACCAGCUGGCUCUGGAGGAUGCGGGCUACUACCAGUGCAUAGCAGACAAUGGACUUGGCACAGCCUGUGCCACCGCCAAGCUGACGGUCAUUGUUAGGGAGGGCCUGCCCAGCCCUCCUCGCCAUCUGUCUGCUACACCCUACUCCAGCACAACUGCCCUGCUCACCUGGGAGAAACCUGAGUACAACUCGGACCAAAUUAUCGGCUACUCUGUGCACUGCCAGCGCGCUGCAGGCUCCGAUAAUGUGGAGUAUCAAUUUGCGAUGAACAAUGACACCACAGAGUAUCUCGUCAAAGAGCUUUUCCCUCAUACUGCCUACACAUUCUUUGUGGUGGCUUACUCUCCCAUGGGUGCCAGCCGCCCAUCCCUGCCUGUUACUGUAGAGAUGCUGGAGGAUGUGCCAAGUGCACCGCCUCAGCUGUCUAUAGCCAGCACUUCCCCCACAGACAUCAGGCUGAUGUGGCAUCCACUAUCCUCUCAGCACAGCCGAGGUGCUGUUACCCGCUACCGCAUUGAGUACAGCACUUUGGAUCAGGAGGACGUUGUGUUUUCAGUGGAGGUGAGAGGAAAUGAGACACAGUUUACACUGAGAGAGCUGCAGCCCAACCAGACUUACCGACUGAGGAUAGCAGCUGGAACCGGCGUUGGCUUUGGGGUUCCCUCUGAGUGGGCCCAGCACCAAACAUUAGCCCACUACAACCACAGCGACCACAGCAUGGUGAUCUUUGCUCCUACUGAGCUGAAAGUCAGAGCCAGAGUGAGCACACUCAAUGUGACAUGGUAUCCCUCACCCAAUCACACACUGGUCUCUGGUUACAAGCUGUCCUGUCGAGAGGUGGAGGUUGACGAAUCUGCCAACGGGGAAAGGACAACACAGACCCACACCAUUAGGCUGCGUAAGAAAGCAAGAUAUCAUCUACUCACUGGACUGGUCCCUGACCGGCAGUAUGAGGUGAGGGUUUGGGCAUUCAACAAGCAGAUAGAUGGAGCAGCUGCAGUGUGGAAAGGAAGGACAGACAAGGCUCAUAACAGAACUUUGCCGCUGCCCCUACGCCCCCCUCCAUUGCCGCCAAGCAGCAUCCAGGCCAUGGCCAACAGCUCCACGUCUAUCUGGUUGCGCUGGGAGAAACCGCGGUUCAGCAAUGUGCGCAUCAUCAACUACACGGUGCGCUGCAGCCCAGCAGGAACUACCAAUGCAUCGCUGGUCUCCUAUCACACCAGUUCUGUGCAGGAGAUACUGCUCGGAGCACUGAGGCCCUUCACCCGCUAUGAGCUGGCAGUGCAGUCUAAUGGAGUGGACGUGGUAGGACCCUUCAGCGGCACUGUGGAGGAGUCCACUCUGUCUGACCGGCCCUCCACACCUCCGGAGGAGCUGCAGCUGAGUGCUCUGGACUCUUCCUCUGUGCUGGUUAGCUGGCGCCCUCCGCUGGAACCAAACGGUAUCAUCAUCAGUUACAGGAUUUUGUACAGUGGCAACCUUAGCGAGCCUGAGCAUUUGUGGAAAAACUUCUCUCAGGAUGGGAGCAUUACCAGUGUGGAGGUCCAGGGUUUGUCCAGUGGCACUCGUUACUUUUUUAAGCUGGGAGCGUCUACUGAGGUGGGGCCUGGGCCUUAUUCACCUAUAAAGGAUGUCCACACUCCUCUUCAGAAAUAUGAGCUGGACAUCCAUGCAGUGACAGGCAUCAUAGUCGGUGUGUGUCUCGGACUGAUAUGCAUCCUCCUCUGCAUGUGUUUCAGCUUUCGGAACAGCAAAUCCAGGGACAUAUCUAGAGUUUUGGACUCCACAGCUAUGACGCCUCAGUACAGGAGAGGAGGUUGCCCCGUUCCCUCCACCGUGCCAGAAUGCAGUGAUAGUCAUGAGUUGGAGACAUUAAUGGACCCCGGCAGCCAAGAGUCUGGUCAGCCGCCAGCAGAGGCCCCAGAGGAACAGAGUCUGAUGGCAAGUGCUAAUCCAAGGGAAGGGGAGAAUGCCCCUGCACCUGAAUCCAAGGCUGCUUGGAAUGGCUCUGUGAGCCAUAACUGGGCCAACAGAAUCACAAGAUACAGAGACACCAUGACAGAAGACUCUCCAGCACUCACUAAUGGAGCUCUCAACAUGCUAAUUACAGAUAAUGGCACGGGCUUACAAGAUCACCUGUGUACGUCCCUGUGCAGUAACCAGGUCGAGGCAGAAGUCAUCGUUCACUCUGAGCUGUCAGAUCCUGGGAGGGAGAAAGAGGAGGAGGGCAGUGAGCGGGAGAAGGAUUCUAACACCACCAGGGGACCCUCAUUAUCAGAGGACACAUAUUCCCCUCCUCUUCUGGCAAGUCCGCUAGCAGAGGAGGAACCUCUAGAAAAACUAUCACUGACCCAAAGCCCCUCGAGUCUUCCCUCAAUAAAGUUGGUGGCUAAUCACAACGGGGAGAUAGAAGGUAUAGGACACCAGCCGGCUGCAGACAUGGAGCCACAGCAGGACAUUGGGCUAACCAAUGGAUUCCACUCGCCUAAGACUGUGAGGUCUGUGCUGAGGUCAGAGCAUCUGGAAAACGGGGACUCCAGACACUGCUCUUCAGCACCAGGGAAGACCAUCUCUGCUGGACUGUCCCCUGCCCCCUUUGUCAGCUCUGGCCUUGUCCACUCUACCUCAGCAGCACACAGUUAUCUGUGCCCAUAGCCUCUGCAUGUAGGCCACCAGCCACACAUAGACUGACUUUCUUUUAUGUACCCAGGAAGAAUCCCUAAGGAUUAUUUUAUGCACCUCAUUAUUGGAUUUCUUUCUCCUCUUUGCAAAGUUUUAUAGGUACUUUGAAUCCAUUGUUUCAUAUGUAUGUAUAUACACAGUAUACAUAUACAGGAUAUUUUUAGUGGUAGAGUACUGUAUAUGGGUAUGCAUUCUCUAGCAUUGCAACCAUACUUUCCUCUGGGUAUCUUUCCUGUCCAUAGGAAACAAAAGAAAAUUUUAACUUAACCAAGCAGAUGGAAGUGGAUUGGAGGAGGCUAUUCCCACUGUGUCGCACAUGGCUCUGCUCCACUCAGGAAUGAGAAAAAGCCAGGAACGUUCCCUGAGUGAGUGAGCACUUAAACAGGCUAUCAUCGUUGAUGGGAGGAAUGGAAGCGGAGGGUCUCCCUGGGCUUUGAUGUGCGGAUGCUACUUCACUGUGGCACAGGAAUAAGCCUUAAAGAGUACCUGCACACUCUGAGAGUGCAGACCACCUGUGUGUCUCUCCAGCCUCCUGCUGUCUCAGGGUCCACACACACACACACACACACACACACACACACACACACACAUACACACACACACUGAAACACAAAGAAAACUAAAAUCAUAGCAAAUUCCUUGAUAUCUCUCACAAAUUCAGACAUUCAUGCAUAAACACGCAUUCACACACAUUUCCUGACUGGAGUGUGGAGGUCUCAGGUGCCUAAUUAUUCUAGGUGCGUUUAUAACCUCUGUAUAUUUCUAUAUAUGAUUAUAUUCACUGCAGUUACAAAACAUGUCAAUAUGAGGGAUAAAAAAAGACACAGAAAAUGUAAAAAAGAUAUGGAGUAUACAGAUUUGGUACAUGUGAAGUAUUCUUUUCCAAAAUGCCAUAUAUCCAGGUGGUGUGAUUUUGUAAACCAGGGACACUCAAUUGAACAGUAAACAGUGUUUGUUUCCUCUGAUUUUAUAGAUGGUGGAUAUCUCAUUUUGGAAUCAAAGUAUUCACGUGUUGAUUUUCGUAUUGAUUUCAUCAUGUCGAUGGGAGAACUAGAAGAGAUGUUACAACAAUUCAUCUGUAGACACCACUCUCUUUUUUCUGCUCCCAGUUAGGGAUGCACCAAUGUCCAUACUGUCACCAUAAUACUGUGCCAUUAGUUGGAGCCAAUUUUUAACCCGGUAUGGCGGUUUUUGCAAAAUGCUUGCCAGGUUUUAUAUCAAGGGGAAUUUAACUUUCAAGCCGAUCUGAUCCCAGCUGUAUGAGAGAAUAUUCUCAAUUCUUUAAUCUGCUACCAGAGCAAUGGUAGAAAUCAAAACCUAUUAAUUGGAUUUUUUUUUGCAUCAGUAUUCUUAAAAUAUAUUAGAUUCCUUCUCAUAGGUAAUAAAUUAAUACAUAAAAAAGAGUGAAUUAGUUAUUGGUUGAAGCAGUGCAGAGGGACUGGUGCAUCCCUACUCCUUAUCAACAGCACUACCUCAUUUCUUUUCAGGAUGGUUUUCAGUGUGGUUUUAUUAGUUUUAUGUAACUACCACCUUUUUAAGAUCUUUUUCUGAACCUGUCUGAUUUUACAGCCUUUUUGCAUUUGCAGAAAUAAUCAUCCGACAGUGACUGUAUGUUCUUGCAUUAUGUCAAAACAGGAAGUGACAUCACUUCAGUGCAUUGUCCCUUAUAACAUUCUUUACCCUACCAAAAGCAUGAACACCCAGUGGCUUUAAAGUGAAUCACCCAGUAUUACCCAUUUACAAUUUUGAAGUUCUUCUAGUCAAAGUAGCGUCAACCUUAAGAAUGGAAAGUAAAAGCUCCUGUAAUUUGGCACCUUUUUGCCUGCAGGAAGAGUGUUACUGCAACAGUUUUUCUUGCUCGAAACCCACAUUCUUACUGGUACACACACUCAUGCACUACAUACUGUAAAUUUUAAGAAGAAGAAAAAGUCUAGUACUGACCGAUUUCAUGCCAUCCUGAUUGUGCAGACUCUUAAGAGAGAGUCCAAAAUGGAGGUAGUUAUUUUAGCUCAAUAGUUGUUUUCACUACUCACCAGUAUUCAGCCUCCUCUGUUAUAGUGAAAACAAACUAUUGUGUCCAAAAAGUUAUGAAAAACUAUGAACCAAAUAUAUAUAAAUCUUUAAAAUUAUUUAUCAUUCUGUUACCAUCAAAGCUAAGCUCGUUAGUUUGGAAAGCAUUAUUAUCUCUCGUCAUUCAUUUUUGACAGCUUUUUACCAGAUUUGUGUGCAACGGUGAGGAAAAUGCCAUGUUGAAAGAAACUAAAGAGCAGAAACAAAUUACAGCUUUUGUGACUCCCUGGUAAUACUACAGCUAGGUCAGCUAACAAGUUAGCAGGUAGAUUGCUGUCUAACUAUAGCAUGUGAUCCUGUGAUUAGUCUCUAAGCUUCCUAACUUGUCUCCUAUCUAAUGUGGACAAGCACUUGACUUUAUGGCAAGAUUCCAGCUUAACUUACAACCAGCAAGUGGUGAAAGUGUUCUUUUGGCACUUAGUUGUGUUUUCACUGGGUGCUUCACAUCAAAAAGACAACUUUAAGGCUGUUAACACUUUAAAUUAAGUCACUUCAGUUAUGGUGGGGAAAAGGGCAAGCCUUGUUUUGCUUGAGCGUGAUAUAAACUGACAGAGCAUUUGCAGGUUUGCAGAGGUUAGGAUCAGUUAAUAACAACGACGAAUAAUAAUGAAAUCAACUUCAAAAAUUAAGCAGAGCAAUGAGUCUAGCCUUGUUGUUUAAUAUGUCUCAUCUUCUCUCAGGUGGUUUUCUUUCAGUCAUCCAGCAGUGAAACUAUAGAGGACAAACCCAUUCUAUUGUUCCCAUAUUUGUAGUCAUCUACAUGAAACUGUAAAAAUCUCACCAGCUCAACUAAAAUACAUCAGCAGUAGAAAUGUAAAUGGUUCUUAUAUGAAACAUCCUCAAGCCGUUUGUUACCAACAUAACUGUAUUUGAUGUAAAACUUUCAUUGUCCCUGAUUUUCUGAACAAAAUGCAUGGUUGGUACCUCAAAGAGACUUAUUUUUUUAGCCUUGCCAUGUAUUUGUUUAAUAUCAAAACAAGACUGAUGUGGAUUUUUUGUUUGUUUUACUGCAGUAGCAGUCAUUUAUGGACAGAAGUGAAUGUGUUCUUAGUAAGCCGGGGUCAGAAGGUAAUUGGAGUUUUUUGGGGGGUAAAUGAGCGGAAAAUUCAGAUUUUUCCAACUGUCAGAGAAAUAUUUAUUAUGUCUCUAAAUAUAGUAAUUAUUAAAAAAAAUGAUGUAUGGCACUCACUGGCUUUUGCUGUUUGGCAAACCACUGUUAAAUGGUAUAUAAAAAGCAAAUCAACAGCAAGCUCACAAGGGAAGCUGCUGCUCUACUCAAUUCAUCAAUCUCCAACGACAAGCAUGUUUUGUUUGUGGCCAUGCAUCAAUCAGAGCAGGUUUACACCACUAUUGGGGGUAAAACACCUGUUGUGACCUCAUCGAUCCGGGUGAUAAAUUAAUGUAUAGAGAGUAAUGCAGCCAAAGCUUUCUGUCUUGUGGUUUGAUGAUCAUUUGACCGUUAACGCAAACUGCCGAAACUAGGUGUUGUGUAUUUUUGACCCAGGUUCUUUCCCAAUACUGUUCUUUACUGAUAUUAAUCUUCCAUUCUCAAAAGCGUGUAUGUGCUGAGUCCCGUAAAGAAGAUUCUUAAAAGCAUUCCAGUUUGAUAUCUUCAACAUACCUCACUCAGUCCAGGUCAGCCAUGACUAGCCAUGCUACCUUAAGAAGAGAAGUGCUAAAAGCCCAGACUGUGUUCCCACAGGUUCAGUUCCUCCAGCCACUACAGCUUUUGCAGAUUCUAAAGUCCAAGCUGCAGUGUUUACAAAACUGCUCGGACUGUGACCAAGUGAAAGGAGGACAGUGAAUCAAGUAGUGUUUUGAGUAAGUUGUCAAUCACUAAAGUUAAUCCAUUAGAAAUCUUCUGAGUAUUGAGUUUAUGAAGUUGUCUCUCACACCACAUGACCAUUUUCACUAUCAGCCUUUAUUGUCAGUGCAUAUAAAGUGCAUAUUAUUUGCCAAUUUUCCUCUUCCCGGUAAUAGAGAAGGCAAAUUCUCUACACCACUGCAGGUUUUGCUUCUCAUGGACAUUUAACACAUUAGAAAAUUUGUUGAUUUAUGUCUGAAGGUUGCUGUUUUGGGUGUUAUUCAGUCAAAAACAGACACUGUCACAUCUGUGAUGAAGGAGUUAGAUGUCAUAAUAUUGUAGCUGCGAAAAUCUAAUUAAAACCUUAGCUGGACAUAGUUUUGUGUUCAUUUAUUCCACAAAUAAUUCAUUUAAAGCAGGUUAUGUUGCCUUUCUUUUUAGUCUUGAUGCAGUAGUGGAUUAUUAUGGUGUGUGGAGCUGACAGAGGAUCUGAAAUGGGGAUCAGCAGAAAGCCAGCCUCCAGCUUAAAGUAUGUAUGCUCUCCUUAUAGGAGCUCUAUUAACCACUGUCUCUUUAACAUAUGUAACUCUCUUUUUUUCCUUUUGUUCACCUUUUUGCUGGCUAGAACAAUCAGAUUUUUUGGGAGGAAAAUUACUCAUGGUCUUAUUUUGUAGAGACGAUAUUUACUUUGAUAAUUGUGUUUAUUUCAUCCUCUUUUUGUAAAGGUUUUAUUAAAACAGUAUACCUCAUGUUGGUAACUUGUUGAAUUGAUUCUGAUCAAUUUCUUGGUACUGCACACUUUGUAACAACUAGAACAUGUAAACGCAAGCAUCCUGUUUUGUGAGCCAAGUUUUUCAUAGAACAUGGGACUGAUGUUUCGUUUUACCUCAGUGUGAGUUUUUACUCAUUACAGUGACUUGGGUGGUCUCGUCUUGCACUGAGGGGGUAAACAAAUGAGGGGAGGUGGGGAGAAUAGAAGUAAUCAAAAUAGAAGUUGUUAUUCUGCAGUAGUAGGUAUUAACAAGCUUUUUUUUUUUUUUU